AGAACAUUGAGCUGCUGGGGUUUUCUUGUCGCAACCCCGCCUGCUCCCUUGAAUACGCGGGCCGGGUCUCCCUUGUCCAUGAGAGGUAUUUGGACGGCUCUUCGUUGGCAGUCCUUUCCACGGCGCCGAGUCUCGACUCACUCGGCCACCAUGACUCGCACAUAUGAGAAUGCAAUCACAGCACUCAAUUCCCUGCAAACCAAUUAUGCGAUUGUGGAGGCACUGAAGAAGUCCACGUCGCAGCAGGAACUGAAUGAGCGCUCUAUCCCGGAGACAGUCGAGUGGCUUCGGCGCAUUGGGUACAAGCCUUCCGACAUCGAUCGAUUGAACCCCGUUCAUGUUGCUGGCACGAAAGGCAAAGGCUCUACCUCGGCAUUUAUCUCUACCAUUCUUUCUCAGUACAAGAAGCCUCAGCCAGACCAGUCGACUCCUCGGCUCCACAAAGUCGGUCUCUAUACCUCCCCGCACCUCCGGUUUGCUCGCGAGCGCAUCAAGAUCGACAACGCGCCGCUAUCGGAAGAACAAUUUGCUCGCUACUUCUUUGAAGUCUGGGACCGACUAGAGGAGUCAGCCAGGCUGGCUGGCGAGGACCCGACUGCCCCCGGUACAAAGCCUCAAUACUUCCGGUACUUGACCCUCAUGGCGUUCCACACAUAUCUGAGCGAGGGUGUUGAUGCUGCACUUAUCGAGUGUGGAAUUGGCGGUCAAUACGACUGUACCAACGUGAUUGAACACCCUACAGCGACGGUAAUCACCAGCCUUGGUAUCGACCAUACCGCGAUGUUGGGUACUACAAUUGACAAAAUUGCAUGGCACAAGGGUGGUAUCAUCAAGGCUGGCGUAAGAUGUUUCAGUGCACCACAGGCACCCAGCGCAGUCGAAGUACUGGAACAGCGUGCUGCCGACAAGGGCUCGCAGUUGGACAUUGUUUCUGAGCAUCCGGAUCUCCGCGCUGGUACCGGUCAAGUGAAGCUUGGACUGGCUGGUGAUUUCCAAUACACCAAUGCUUCCGUGGCAGUCGCGGCCGCGGCAGAAUUCCUGCGAAAAACGGGUGUGGCGAACAUAUCGGAGCAUGUCAUGUCAGAAUCUCUCCCCGUAGAAUUCAAGACAGGCCUCGAGGAGACCCGUCUUGGUGGUCGGUGCGAGACUCGGUAUGAGAAAAACGUGUCCUGGUACAUCGAUGGAGGACACACGCUGGAGAGUAUUCGGCUAGCCGGCCAGUGGUUUGCCUCGCGCAUCCAGGCAGACUCGUCUUCGAGCGAUCUUGCCACAAAAAAGACACGGGUCCUGAUCUUCAACCAGCAAACACGGAAUAGCACGGCCCUGGCCCUGGCCCUGUAUGAGACUCUUGCUGAAGCCCUUGGCUCUACAACACCUUUUACCCACGCCUUGUUCUGUACCAAUAUCACCUACAAGCAAGCAGGCUUCCGGCCUGACCUGGUUAGCAUGAACACCAACGCCGAUGACCUUGAAUUGCUGCGUGUGCAAAAGUCCCUUGCAAGCGCCUGGAAAGAGAUCGACCCAUCGGCCCACACACAAGUGUUUGGCACGAUCGAGGAGGCCGUGGAUUUUGCGCGGGAUGUGGCCGAGCAAGAACGCAAGGUUCUUCAGAAGGACGAGACACCGGUGAUGACAUUUGUCACUGGCAGUCUGCACCUGGUCGGCGGCUUCCUGGACGUCAUUGAGACCAAACCCUACACAGAGACCGCUUGA